GAACAUUGUCUGGUUUCAGGUAACUAGUGUGGAAAUUUCCCUGAGCUAAUAAUGGCAACAUCACCAGUUACUGAUCUGAGGAUUGUGCUGCUUGGAAAAAACGAAGAUGAGAAAACAAAACUCAGUGAUUUCAUGAUAGAAAACUGUCCUCAUUCUUCAAAGAAAGUAAAGUCCUUUGAUAUUGUUUAUGGGGAACGAAUGGGCAAACCUUUCACCCUGAUAAAAACAGGCAACAUCCUCAGUCUGCCAGUGGAAAGAGUCAGUCAUGACAUGAAGAUGUGUGCGACUCUCUGCCCACCUGGACCAAACGUCCUGCUGCUGCUGGUGAAGCCGUCAGACUUCAGCAUGUCAGACAGACAGAAUCUGAACUUUGUCCUGAGUUUUUUUGGGAAAGACGCUUUUAAUUAUGCAAUAGUCAUCAAAACCGAAAAUUAUGAGCGAUGGAGGUUUUCUGUGAACCUACUUGAGAGAGAAUGUGGAACAAGAAUUCACAAUGUAAAUUUAGAUGAAACUGAUUUUUCUGCUGAUAAUCUUGAAGAACUGAUGAACAAAAUGGAGAAUUUGGUGAGGGAGAACAAAGGACGACAUCUAACCUUUUCUGGAGACAUGGAUCCUAUGGAUCCUCCUCAAUCUGUAAAACCCCAACUGAACCUGGUCUUGUGUGGAAGACAUGCAUUCAAGAAAGCUUCAGUAGCUCGCGCCAUCCUGGGAGAAAAUUAUUCUGGUGAUUCAGAUAUUAUUAGAAAUCAGGGAACUGUCUGUGGGCAUCAGGUGUCCAUAAUGGAGCUUCCUGCUCUGUAUGGGAGACCAAAGGCAGCAGUGGUGAAAGAAUGCUAUAAAUGUGUUUCCCUUUGUGACCCUGAAGGCGUCCACGCCUUCAUUUUGGUCCUCCCAUUGGACUGUCCCUCUGAGGAAGACAAGAAGGAGCUGGAAACCAUUCAGGACAUCUUUAGUUUAGGAAUCAAUAAUUUCACUAUGAUUCUUUUUACUGUGGAGGCAACCGACAAACAUUCUGCAGCGCUGAAGUUUCUGAGGGAAAAUAGAGAUAUUCAAGAUCUCUGUCAGAAAUGUAAGGAACGAUAUAUGGUCUUCUACACCAAGAAUCAGAUCUCUGAAGUGCUGCUAUGUGUCCAAACAAUGACAAAAUUAGGAACAAGAAGUUUUACUAAAAAUAUGUUCCCCAAGCCUCCGUUCAACUCUGGGACCAGUUUCAAUGAGUACAGACCGAAUCCACAGAAGGUGCAGAGGAUGCAGUAUCCAUUCAGGGAUCAGGGUCUACAAAAUGACUCUGGAUCAGGGAUGAUGCAGAUCCUAACUAUAAAUCAAAAUCCAUUCAUGUCGCAGAGUACAGAGCCUCUCCGUAUGGUGUUGAUUGGGAAGACUGGUUGUGGUAAAAGUGCCACUGGAAAUACCAUCCUGGGCAGGAAGUGCUUUUCGUCAAAGGUUUGUCAAAAAUCAGUGACAAGUGCUUGUCAGAAAGAGACAGGAGAGGUCAAUGGUCGUCCUAUUGCUGUGGUGGACACACCAGGACUGUUUGACACAUCUUUGCCUAAUGACCGAGUCAAACAAGAGCUGAUAAAAUGCAUCAGCUUGUUGGCCCCCGGACCUCAUGUCUUCUUACUCGUCCUGCAGAUCGGACGCUUUACAAAGGAGGAAAAAGAAACCGUGGAACUGCUCAAGGAUUUCUUCGGAGAGAAGUCAGUGAACUUCAUCAUUGUUGUGUUCACCAGAGGAGACGAACUUAAAGAUCAGACAUUUGACAGCUACUUAAACGAAAGCGAGGAAUUUGUCGAAAGGCUGAUCACUGAUUGUGGGGAGAGAUAUCAAGUCUUUAACAAUAAUGACCAAGAGAAUCGAGUUCAAGUUACAGAGCUCCUCGACAAAGUGGAGGCAAUGCUAAGGAGAAAUGGUGGAAGCUACUACAGUUCAAAGCUCUUCAGAGAGGCAGAAGAAGCCAUACAGGAGGAAACCAAGAAGAUACUGACAGAAAAGAACAAAGAGCUGAAGAAAAAGAAAGAAGACUUUAAAAAAGAACUUCACUAUAAAAUGCAAAAUAAGAGAACCACACAAACAAAAAAACUGGCCAAGUCUGAACAAGGAUCAGAACAGAGCGCCCAAAGGGUCAGGGAGACAGAGGAGAAAUGUAUGAGGGAGGAAGAGAAGAUGAAGAUGGAAAAAAGAAGAAGAGAAGAAGAAGAGAAGAAGAAGAAAAGGGAAGAUGAGAUGCAAGAACACGAGUUUGAGCAAAAAUAUGAAACCCUGCAGAUGAAACAGCGAUCGAGCAAAAUAUUUGCAGAGAGAGUUUUAUUAACGCAAAGCAGAGAAGACAUGAGGAAAGAAAGAGAAGCUUGGGAACAAGAACGGAAGGAAUGGUGGGAAAACAGACAUCGUGAGGACAUACAGAGACAAGAAGAUGAGCAGAAACGACUCCAAAAGCUAAGAGAAGAAUAUGAAGAGGAAAAGCAUAGAUAUGAAACAAAAAGGAGAGAAGAAGAACAAAUCCGAAGGGAACAAGAGGAAAUCGAAUGGAGAGAAGCAAGAGAAAUGUUUCGCAAGCAAAUGGAGGAAUUAGAGAGGAGAAAUUAUGAGGACGCUAGAAAACAAGCAGAACAAUGCAAUGAUUUCAGGAACAAGUACUCCGGCGAUGUCUUGGCUGAGAUGAAAAAAAUUGGGAAAGAAAUAAAAGACUUGAAGCAGAGGGAGCAGGAAAAAAAUGAACAAAUGAUAAAGCAGCUGAUUAAAAACAAAGCAUACCAGAAAAGUUUCGACAAGCUGUUGAAAAACCAUGAGGAAGAAAUAAACAAACUGAAAUCAUCACUUUGUUUCCACAGUGAGACAUAUAUCAAAAACAGAAUAAGUGAGCUGAAGGAGACCCACCACGAGGAAAUAAAUGAGUGGAUACAGGAACAGGUGAAAAAGGCUGCAGAGAGGAAAAUGUGCAGCAUUUCAUGACACUUUCUUUCUCCCUGAGA